UCCAAAACACGUCACAGACACAGGGUGCAUUUUUAGGUCGCUGAAUUCUGCCAAAGUUUAUAAAAAGAGGCACAUAUUUGCCAGUGAAUGUCGUGAAUAGACCUGUUUGACACGAGGUUUCAGUUCAUAAUCACUAGAUCACAGCACUUUACAUAAAACUCAUAAAGGAAGGACGCGUAUCAUGGCGGAUCAACUGACAGAAGAACAAAUAGCGGAAUUCAAAGAGGCUUUCAGCCUGUUUGAUAAAGACGGUGAUGGAACCAUUACAACAAAGGAAUUGGGGACAGUGAUGAGGUCACUGGGUCAGAAUCCCACAGAAGCAGAACUUCAGGAUAUGAUCAAUGAAGUGGAUGCUGAUGGAAACGGGACCAUUGAUUUUCCGGAAUUCCUAACUAUGAUGGCCAGGAAAAUGAAGGACUCUGAUUCAGAAGAUGAACUUAAGGAAGCUUUUCGUGUUUUUGAUAAAGAUGGAAAUGGUUUUAUAAGUGCUGCUGAGUUACGUCACGUGAUGACAAACUUGGGUGAAAAAUUAACAGAUGAAGAAGUUGACGAGAUGAUCAAAGAAGCUGACAUUGACGGAGAUGGACAAGUUAACUACGAAGAAUUCAAAGAAGCUUUCAGCCUUUUUGACAAAGACGGUGAUGGAACCAUUACAACAAAAGAAUUGGGGACAGUGAUGAGGUCACUGGGUCAGAAUCCCACAGAAGCAGAACUUCAGGAUAUGAUCAAUGAAGUGGAUGCUGAUGGAAACGGGACCAUUGAUUUCCCGGAAUUUUUAACUAUGAUGGCCAAGAAAAUGAAGGAAUCUGAUUCAGAAGAAGAGCUUAGGGAAGCUUUCCGUGUUUUUGAUAAAGAUGGAAAUGGUUUUAUAAGUGCUGCUGAGUUACGUCACGUGAUGACAAACUUGGGUGAAAAAUUAACAGAUGAAGAAGUUGACGAGAUGAUCAGAGAAGCUGACAUUGACGGAGAUGGACAAGUUAACUACGAUGAAUUCAAAGAGGCUUUCAGCCUGUUUGACAAAGACGGUGAUGGAACCAUUACAACAAAAGAAUUGGGGACAGUGAUGAGGUCACUGGGUCAGAAUCCCACCGAAGCAGAACUUCAGGAUAUGAUCAAUGAAGUGGAUGCUGAUGGAAACGGGACCAUUGAUUUCCCGGAAUUUUUAACUAUGAUGGCCAGGAAAAUGAAGGACUCUGAUUCAGAAGAAGAGAUUAGGGAAGCUUUCCGUGUUUUUGAUAAAGAUGGAAAUGGUUUUAUAAGUGCUGCUGAUCACCGAGUUUUACUUGUUUCUUUACAGGCAGAACAACUUUCUGAAGAACAAAUUGCAGAAUUCAAAGAGGCUUUCGGCCUAUUUGAUAAAGACGGUGAUGGAACCAUUACAACAAAAGAAUUGGGGACAGUGAUGAGGUCACUGGGUCAGAAUCCCACAGAAGCAGAACUUCAGGAUAUGAUCAAUGAAGUGGAUGCUGAUGGUAAUGGAACGAUUGAUUUUCCUGAAUUUCUUACAAUGAUGGCAAAGAAAAUGAAAGAUUCUGACUCCGAGGAAGAGAUGAAGGAAGCAUUCAAAGUAUUCGACAAAGACGGAAAUGGUUUUAUUAGUGCAGCAGAACUUCGUCACGUGAUGACGAAUCUAGGCGAGAAGUUGACAGAUGAAGAGGUUGACGAAAUGAUAAGGGAGGCAGAUAUAGAUGGCGACGGUCAAGUUAAUUAUGACGAAUUUGUAAAAAUGAUGACCAACAAGUAGAAUGCCGAGACUUCCCGAGCAGCUUGUGGGGCGAUGUGAGCAGUCCGUCCACUACACUGAAAUACUGCAGCAGUGUCUAUAGAAACGCGUCUUCUACAAUUGUCAUACCCAUUCAAAUUUAUCAAUUUGUAGCAUAUAAAUGUACAACAUAGAUUGCAUCAGACAGUCGUUCGGCUUAACUUUAAUUAACAUCACUAAUUAAAUGGAUUACAUAGGUGCGUUGCGAAACGAAUAUAUUAUAAUAGUGAUUUUGUGUUUAUUUAAUUGAUACGUUACAAUAUGAGUCUAAUGGACACAUGUAACAAAUAUUUAUUGACUUUUACACAUGUAACAAAUAUUUAUUGACUUUUCGCAUGUGUUGUAGUGGUGCGUUAUUCUUGUUUAGGAUUUUAAAAACAUGAAAUGAUUCUUUCUUGAAGUAUUUUUCAAAGUGUUUGUUAACAAGAUAAUAUUUGCAUUAUCACAUUUUCAGAGAUAUAAAUUAAUAUAUACAAAAUGGUGAA